UUUUCAGCCAAUUUCUUUGAAAUACAUUUUGUUUUUACACAAGAAAGUAUACUAAUGAAAAUGCACCUUUAUUUAGAGAGCGACGACGACGACGACGACUGACGACGAGCAACCGGAGCAACCACACACAUCCAUAUACGGUCACAUUGUAGUCUAUGAAAGAUCACAGCACGAGGUGUUUAACGCAGUGAACGAGUUGAAUCACGUGUUAUUUAAUUGUUUAUAAAAGUCAGAUAAUUAAUAAGGGUGAGAUGCCGUCAGGGUCGAGUAGUCUGGCCAUCGGUGGCAGCCGACAAUCCGGGGCACCGGUCAGAACUCAAAAUGUCAUGGCUGCCAUGGCUAUUGCAAAUAUUGUUAAGAGUUCACUUGGACCUGUAGGACUGGAUAAAAUGCUUGUCGAUGAUAUCGGUGACGUUACAAUAACAAACGAUGGAGCAACUAUUCUCCGUCUUUUGGAAGUUGAUCAUCCAGCAGCCCGUGUUCUUGUAGAACUGGCUCAACUUCAGGAUGAGGAAGUUGGUGAUGGUACAACAUCAGUUGUAAUAAUUGCAGCAGAACUUUUAAAAAAUGCAGAUGAACUUGUCAAACAGAAGAUACAUCCUACUUCAGUUAUAAGUGGUUACAGACUAGCUUGCAAGGAAGCUUGUAAGUAUAUACAAGAACGUUUAACCGUCAGUGUUGAGGAGCUUGGUAAGGAAUGUUUGGUUAAUGUUGCCAAGACUUCCAUGUCCAGUAAAAUCAUCAACGAAGACUCCGAUUUUUUCGGCAACAUGGUUGUUGAUGCAGCUAAUGCCAUCAAAAUCAGUGACGGCAAAGGUGGUCACCUGUAUCCCAUCAAAGCGGUCAACGUCCUCAAAGCUCACGGCAAAAGCGUUAAAGAAUCCACCCUUAUCCCGGGAUAUGCCCUCAACUGCACCGUUGCCUCGCAGCUGAUGGUCAAGCGAAUCACAAAUGCUAAAAUUGCCUGUCUCGACUUCUCUCUUCAAAAGGCCAAGAUGAAGUUGGGUGUUGAAAUUCUUGUCACAGAUCCCGAGAAACUCGAGGGUAUUCGUCAGCGCGAGGCUGAUAUCACGAAAGAGCGUAUCCAGAAAAUUCUGUCUGCUGGUGCUAACGUUAUUCUCUGUACUGGUGGAAUUGACGAUUUGUGUCUCAAGUAUUUCAUUGACGCUGGAGCAAUGGCCGUCCGCAGGUGUAAGGCUUCCGAUCUUAAACGUAUCGCCAAAGCUACUGGUGCACACUUCUUGACAUCCCUCACGAAUAUGGAAGGCGAUGAGGUCUUCGACCCUAACAGUCUUGGGGAAGCUGCCGAAGUUGCUACCGAAACCAUUUGCGAUGAUGAUCUUAUCAUUAUCAGAGGACCAAAGUCUAGAACUGCCAGCUCAAUCAUUCUGCGUGGACCCAAUGACUUCUACUGUGAUGAGAUGGAGCGCUCUAUUCACGAUGCGCUGUGUGUAGUGAAACGUGUGCUUGAAAGCAAGAACGUCGUUGCUGGUGGAGGCUGCGUAGAAGCAGCACUUUCCAUUUACUUGGAAAACUUUGCUACAUCGCUAAGCUCCCGCGAACAGUUGGCGAUAGCUGAGUUUGCUAGAUCUCUAUUGGUAAUUCCCAAAACUUUGGCCGUCAAUGCGGCACACGAUGCCACUGAUCUUGUUGCUCAACUUCGAGCCUAUCAUAACUCUAGCCAGACAGUCGCAGAACAUGCCGGUCUGAAAUGGGUUGGAUUGGACUUGCAUGAGGGAAAAAUCAGAGACAACAAGAAGGCUGGAGUACUCGAGCCGGCUAUUUCGAAGAUCAAAUCCCUCAAAUUUGCUACUGAAGCCGCUAUCACGAUUCUGAGAAUCGAUGAUAUGAUAAAACUUGACCCAGAACAGAAAGACCGAGGUUAUAAGGAAGCUAUGGAGUGUGGCGAACUUGAUGGUUAAUUAAAUGCGAAAUUCAUCUGGCGUUUUGUUUCACUACAAUUACUACAUUUACACACACUUUAAUUCAUCUUAUUGAAUGACUAUUAGCACUCUUCUGGUGAACAAGAUUUAAACGAUCUCGUCUCUACUCAGGCGUUUAAAAUAUCGCGGCAAUCAAGUUUCAUAAUUGGCUUCUCAAUAACAAUAAAAAUAAUAAUUAGUGCUACACUAGUUGUCAACAUGAUGAAUAAGCGGCAUUUCUCUAAAUAUUUAUUGUCUGUUCAAUCAGUUUUUCAUAUUUUUUACGUAAAGGUUAAAUAAAGUUGCAGAAUUUAUAGUGGUGUAAAAAAAAAUCUAGAUAACUUUGUCAAACAAAAACUAUUCUUGUACACUUUAAAACAAUGCAAUUUUUACUUGUAUUAAUGCGAUUUUACAAGCGAUAAAUUAAUAUGAAUGUAUGAAAUAAAGCUUUUUACACUAAAA